CUGUCCUGCCCUCCUCUGCCCCCCAUUCAAACAAGUGGCUCCCCCAAGGAGUUUCUGGAAGCCGCUGUGAGUGGGGCAGUGGGGUCAGGUGGUGGCUGGGUGCCGGCAUCAGGAGUCAGGGAGGCCAGGAGCUGGGGGAUGGAGUUGGCUGUAACUCCUCCUGAGGUGUGGUCCAGAAAAGUGGCAGGAUGAGCUGAGGACUCCAGGUGCAGCCCUCUUCCCUGGGUGGCCUGGGAGCGGGGCCAUCAGAGCACCCCAUGAGUGGCUAAGGUCUAGCCAGAGUUUGGGGAGCAGAUCGACUAGGUCUCAGGCAGGGGCCAGGGAUCCCUGCCCUAGGCUGGGGGCUGCCCCCUCCCCUGGCCUGGCUCCUGCCGCCCGUGCCGCCGGUGAAACGCUGUUGACAUGUCCUGAAUUAUUAAGCACGGGGUGGGCUCCGGAGCACAUGCUGAGCGGAGCGGCUGGGGCUGCGCGGCGUGGCGGAGCAGCUCACUCGCUUGCUCGCAGGGACACACGCAGGGGCUGACAGCUGUGCUGGUGCUGAUAAGGGAAGCCACAAGGAGACGAUCGAGGAGAGAGACAAGCGGCGGCAGAGGCAGCGGCGGCAGAGGCAGCACCAGGGCUGCGGAGCUGCUCGGAGUGGGAGUGACUCCCCCACCUCAGGCCCCCACCCUGUCCCCAUCCUCCUCCAGCUUGCCCUGAGUUUAGAAGAGCAGCCGCUGCCACCACCGACACUCCGGAGGGCACCGGGGGCUGCUGGCCAGGGAGGGACAGGGGCAAGGAGGCUCUGGCCAGUCCCAGCAGCCGGGGACAGAUGCCGAUCGAGAUUGUGUGCAAAAUCAAAUUUGCAGAGGAGGAUGCGAAACCCAAGGAGAAGGAGGCAGGGGAUGAGCAGAGCCUCCUGGGGGCUGCACGGGGGGCAGCAGCGCCCCGGGACCUGGCCACCUUCGCCAGCACGAGCACCCUGCACGGGCUGGGCCGGGCCUGUGGCCCAGGCCCCCACGGACUUCGUAGAACCCUGUGGGCACUGGCUCUACUCACCUCGCUGGCCGCCUUCCUGUACCAGGCGGCAGGCCUGGCCCGGGGCUACCUGACCUGGCCUCACCUGGUGGCAGUGGACCCCGCUGCCCCGGCCCCAGUGGCUGGCUUCCCAGCUGUCACCCUCUGCAACAUCAACCGCUUCCGGCAUUCGGCACUUAGCGACGCUGACAUCUUCCACCUGGCCAAUCUGACAGGGCUGCCCCCCAAAGACCGGGACGGGCACCGUGCCGCUGGCUUGCGCUACCCGGAGCCUGACAUGGUAGACAUCCUCAACCGCACUGGCCACCAGCUUGCCGACAUGCUCAAGAGCUGCAACUUCAGUGGGCAUCACUGCUCCGCCAGCAACUUCUCCGUGGUCUAUACUCGCUAUGGGAAGUGUUAUACUUUCAACGCGGACCCACAAAGCUCCCUUCCCAGCCGGGCUGGGGGCAUGGGCAGUGGCCUGGAGAUCAUGCUGGACAUCCAGCAGGAGGAGUACCUGCCCAUCUGGAGAGAGACAAAUGAGACGUCAUUUGAGGCUGGCAUCCGAGUGCAGAUCCACAGCCAGGAGGAGCCACCCUACAUCCACCAGCUGGGCUUCGGCGUGUCCCCAGGCUUCCAGACCUUCGUGUCCUGCCAGGAACAGCGGCUGACCUACCUGCCUCAGCCCUGGGGCAACUGCCGGGCGGAGAGUGGGCUCAGGGAGCCUGAGCUUCAGGGCUACUCAGCCUACAGUGUGUCUGCUUGCCGGCUGCGCUGUGAGAAGGAGGCCGUGCUUCAGCGCUGCCACUGCCGAAUGGUGCACAUGCCAGGCAACGAGACCAUCUGCCCACCAAAUAUCUACAUUGAGUGUGCCGACCACACACUGGACUCCCUGGGUGGGGGCUCCGAGGGCCCGUGUUUCUGUCCUACUCCUUGCAACCUGACCCGCUACGGGAAAGAAAUCUCCAUGGUCAGGAUCCCCAACAGGGGCUCAGCCCGGUACCUGGCCAGGAAGUACAACCGCAAUGAAACCUACAUUCGGGAGAACUUCCUUGUCCUAGAUGUCUUUUUUGAAGCCCUGACCUCUGAGGCCAUGGAGCAGCGAGCAGCCUAUGGCUUGUCAGCCCUGCUGGGAGACCUUGGGGGACAGAUGGGCCUAUUCAUCGGGGCCAGCAUCCUCACACUGCUGGAAAUCCUGGACUACAUCUAUGAGGUGUCCUGGGACCAACUGAAGCGGGUGUGGCGUCGUCCCAAGACCCCCCUGAGGACCUCCACGGGGGGCAUCUCCACCUUGGGACUGCAGGAGCUGAAGGAGCAGAGUCCCUGUCCAGGCCGGGGUCAGGCUGAAGGUGGGGGAGCCAGCAACCUGCUCCCCAACCAUCACCACCCGCACGGCCCCCCAGGAGGCCUCUUUGAAGACUUCGCUUGCUAGGAUGAUGCUGUGUCUGAAAGGACCCAGGAGUCUGGGACUCCUCCCUGGAUCUUCCUGCUCCUGGGACGGAAGGCCUGGGGGCAGCCCAAGGCUGCGGUGGGGAAAGGGCGAUGGUGCUCCUAGGAGAGCAGAGACUCAGUCCCUAUUCUCACCAACUGUGGCACCAGCUGCUUCGCACAAGGGUCCUUCUUGUCCCUACUCCCCUCCCGAGGCUGGUGCCCAGGGAGGCUGGAGAGCAAGCCAUGGGCCCCCAGGGAGGGGAGAGGGGAGAGAAGGAGGCAGAGAAACCCCAGAAGGGGUGGAACCCUGUGUACAUUUGUAUAUAUUUAGGGAGGACAG